GUGAAGUUCCUCAAUUAUUGGAGUUUAGAGAAUUUUAUUCAGCUCAUGCACGGUGAAGAAAGUAGUUUUCGCAUUGUCAAAAAAUUACCAAAACACAAUCAAGUGCAGAAAUUGGCCUUCCUUCCUCAAUUUUCUCGAAAAUACACCUAAAUGGAUAGACAGAAACGAAGGAGAACAAUCGAGAGACCCAUGAAGAGGUGGACGUUGGAGGAAGAAUCCAAAAUCCUGGACUUUCUCAUUGCCAAUAAACCAAUUGAGCUUCCCACUGCCAAGAUGUACUAUUCCAAAUUGAUUCAGACCCUCGAAUGGACAAUAAACUACAGCUUGGUUCGCCACAAAGUCAAGAACAUGAAACAGCUGUACUUUAAGAUGCUGUCUUGGAGGCAAUCAGCAAUAGAGAAUGAUGACUAUGAUGAGCAAAUGAUAAAAGAACACUUGAAAAGACGCUGUCCGCAUUUCAAGAAGCUGGAGAGUCUCUUCUCAACAGAAUUGCGUGCCAAGAAAGCCACGCAAUCCUGCAAACCGCAGAAAGUCGAGGAGAUUAAUUUGUGUGCUGAUGAAGGUGAAGAUCCAUCAAUGGAAGACUUCAAAGUCGAGUACAGUGUACAGGAUUUAGACUCUCGUGCUUCUGACGAGUCGGGAGAUCCUCUGCGGGCUCCUCGAGAGGUCCUGGACAUGAACAAGGAGCAGGUAUCGCUGCAAUGGAUGAGACUGGAGAUUGAAAAGGAGAAGCUCUCAAUUGCCAGGGAGAAGAUCGCCAUGCUACGAGAACAGAACCAAGAAGAGGCUAAAUUCAGGAUUCUGCAGUUGGAACAGCAAGGCAUUCUCAAAAAGCUGCAGAUCGAGAAGGACACGGAAGUGAGAAAGUAUGAAUUGUCGCUGAAGUACAAAGCGGAUCUCAAAUCGGAGAUAUAGAUUUCCGGGAAGAUCUAACCAAGAAUUUUCCCGCGCUAACCACUCCAGAGACACCUGCCGGUAUAAAUUGGCGAGACAGCAGAAUUUUCAAAGUGAAACUGCCAUAUUUACACAGAUUUAUAUACAUGAAAAUUACCAAUAAAAU